AUCCAGUAAAUUUUCUCCUAGACAUGUACAUGGCCAGCAUAGCGCCGCUCAGUCGCCGCCGAACCGCCGGGCACCACUACCAACAUUCCUACUCUCGCUGGGCUUCCGGUGCGCACACCUACGCGCCCCCACAAGCCUUCCUUCCAUUCCCCUCAACGAUCCCUCACCAGCUCUCUUUCUCAGAAGCGCCCUACUACGGGUACGAAUCCCCCUCCCGCCUCUGCGCGCGAUUCAUCCGGAGUCUCUUCAAAUGUACCAGCGAACCAAUGCACCAGAGCUUAUCCCAAUUCAUCGCCUACUCCUUAUAUCGGAGUAAACUACGACCUCAAGUGACAUAUGCCGCUCUUUUACUCCUCCACCGCUUCAAAACGCAUUAUCCCGAGGCGAAUGGGGAAUCUGGACGGCAGCUGUUCAUCAGCGCGAUGAUGAUCGCUGCGAAGGUGUUAGACGACACGACGUUUUCGAAUACAGCUUGGGUUACCAUCUCGCAGAACCAAUUCUCGCAUCGGCUGAUUAAUCAGAUGGAGAGGGAAAUGUGUCGGUAUAUGGAUUAUAAGCUGACGAUUUUUUGUGAGGUGUUGUAUGAGUUUGAGGAGGUGGUUAAGCGGGAUUUUGGUGAAGAUAGGAUGAGCUACCCAAGUUACUCGCCUCAGAGGUUCUUGAAACGGAAGGCGAGGCAAGGGUGGUCUGCUCCUGCGAAUAUGGUUCCUCCGGCUGCGCCCCCUUUCGCUUAUAGUCAUGUACCCCCUCGAGGCCCUUACGUUCCUGCCCACUAUCCCGCUGCCUCCUCUUCGCCUCUGUCGCCCCCGAGCCCACCUAACGGCUGGCUUGUUCGACCGAGGACUAUACCCACUUGAAGUCGCUCUUUGUCAAGUCUGGUCACAUCUACACCCUCUUUUUUUUUCUCGGCUUUCUGCAAAAUUUGACGCUAGAUUUUGUACCAUGGACACUUUAAAAACACCCACCUGCCAAAGUCCUUGACGGAAUCAGACGGAUAUAUCUGAAUUUGGAAGUCACCUGGAGGCAGCCGCCGUGUCUUCAAACGGUUUUGGCACUGGUUGGACAUUUUUUGUGUCUUUUUUGAGCUAUGUAGCAAAUUUGGGGCCUGGCCUGGCGUUUUGUAG